AUAACGAUACGUCGCUCUCGCUUAUAAAAUUCGAGGUAACGAUCGCUUUCGAAAGAAUAUUUGUGCAGCUGCUUAACCGUCAAGUGCAUUUAAUAGCCUAAAAUAAUGAGUAAACCGGGCAGUGCUCCUCCGCAGUUCACCUAUGUUCCGCCCCCAUCGGCCCCGCCCUCCUACCAGGAGGCAGUGGGCGGGGUGAAGCCCGUGGGUCCAUAUACUCCCGUUGUGGCCCCCGCAACCACCGCGAAUACCACCAUUGUGACCACGGUGGUGCCCAUCAGCCGCACCUCGACGCACAUGAUCUGUCCAUCGUGCCACGCAGAAAUCGAGACGACCACGCGCACCGAGCCCGGAAUGAUUGCCUACUUGUCUGGAUUUUUGAUUGCCCUAUUCGGAUGCUGGCUGGGAUGUUGCCUAAUACCUUGCUGCAUUGACGACUGCAUGGAUGUCCACCAUUCGUGCCCCAAUUGCCGGGCGUAUUUGGGUCGCUUCCGUCGAUAGGAUCGCCUCGUAUAUGUGUAGAAUCCAAUGCGGUUCCGUGGUGUAGUUUUACUUUAAGCAAACGUUUUUGCCUUUAUUUAUUUAAUUGUAGUAAUGUCAUUUGGAUUCCACAGCGAAGGCAGAUGGAACGAGCCAAGGCUUCCCUUAAUCUAAUAUCUAAUAUCCUGCUAAAUUGCUCCGUCGUUUCAAUAUUUUGGUUCGCCUAUACUCUUUAACUGUUUAACUACGUGUACGUUUCUGCCACGCUAAUAAUAGUAAUACGUGCCUUUAAAUAUUCGCACAAAUUGUAAAUCGAUUCAAAAUCGCACAUUCACAAAAGACAAAAUACAAGAUAUUUUUCUAACAAUAUGUAAAAGUCCCCAGCGAAAGUGCAUAUUGUAUACUUGAAAGCUAAUCUCUGUAAUUAAUAAUCACCAAAUCUAUAAUACUGA